CUUCAAGUUGAUGUGCAAACAAGUUUUUUCUUUUAUAAUAAUAUUAGCGUUUACGUUGAAACAGAGGGAGAGAAUAACAUUAUCAGUGUUCUUCCCCCUUCGCAUUGAGAGAUCUAAACCACUUACAGAAGAAGUGCUUCCACUUCUUUCUAUUUCGUCCCAACACAUAAAAAUGAGUUCUGUUCAAAAUUCUGAGCUCCCCAACCAAGAAACUGUUGUUAAUGUUAACGAAUUUGUCUCUGUUGAAAACCCCGACUCCAGACGCUCCAAGUUUGGAUCUUUCUUCAAAAACCCUUACCCUCCUGGGUUUUCCCGAAAGCUGGUGGCAGAGGUGAUCUCGACGUACUUGCUAGUGUUUGUGACAUGUGGGGCGGCAGCAUUGAACGCGAACGAUCAACGGAGAGUGUCGCAGCUCGGUGCUUCGGUUGCAGGCGGUCUGAUCGUGACGGUGAUGAUCUAUGCCGUCGGACAUAUUUCCGGCGCCCACAUGAACCCGGCUGUCACCAUGGCUUUUGCUGCAACUCGACACUUUCCAUGGAAACAGGUUCCAUUGUAUGGAGCAGCACAAUUGAGUGGAGCAACUUGUGCAGCCUUUACAUUGCGCCUAUUAUUGCAUCCAAUUAAGCAUUUGGGCACAACUACGCCAUCCGGAUCAGACUUUCAAGCAUUGGUUAUGGAGAUUGUUGUUACAUUCUCAAUGAUGUUCGUCACAGCUGCUGUUGCAACUGACACCAAAGCAGUAGGAGAGCUGGCAGGUAUGGCAGUUGGCUCAGCUGUGUGUAUCACUUCCAUCUUAGCUGGACCUGUAUCAGGAGGGUCGAUGAACCCUGUGAGGACUUUAGGACCAGCAUUGGCAAGUGAUUAUUAUAAAGGACUUUGGGUUUACUUUGUUGGGCCAGUUGUUGGAACUCAACUAGGGGCAUGGUCGUAUAAGUUCAUACGGGCCAGUGACAAACCUGUGCACUUAAUUUCUCCUCACUCUUUUUCACUUAAACUUCGAAGAAUGUCAAGAUCAGACAUUAGCGAAGGUGAACGUUAAUAUGAGCAUUGACUCAGCAUCGUCUACCGUCUUUAAAAUAUUUGAAAUGUUAGAAAGAGUGAAGAAGUUCGAGUGCUUAAUGAGCAAUGAUCUCAUGUACUAUUCUAUAAGCUUCUUUCUUAUAGUUUAGGGGUGUAUAAGGGCCCACUUCUUAUAGUUUAGUAGUGUAUUAGAAGAAGUCCUUGUAAUUUAACAUCUUCUAUAUUUUAUGAUAAUUUUCUACAUUUUGUAA